ACAACAAAACGUCAACGCGGGGAGAGCGGUUUUGUGCUAUUUCAUACGACGAAAACAAAGCACCGCGACCGUUCGUGAGACCGGAAAAUUCUGCUUAAAAACGCUCUUCUCGUCUAAAAUACCUGGGAAAGCAUCCAACCGCUUCUGAUUUUGUGUGUGUAUUCACAAAAUGAUCACCAAAUUGUCCCGCGAGGCGGUGCUCUCGCUCAUGGAGCGCAAACAAGAGCUGGAGGCACAGAUUGAACAGCAAGGACUGAUCCUGAGUGCGAACCGGAUCGGGAUGAACGAGCCACUGGUGGACGGUGAGGGCUACCCGCUCAGCAACGUAGACGUGUUAUCGGUGCGCAAAGCGCGCCACACGAUCAUUUGCCUGCAGAAUGAUAGGAAAAAAAUUAUGCAGCAGAUCGAAAAGGGCAUUGCUCAGGUGUUUGAAGCGGAACAAAGCGCGCCGGCAAACGGGCAGCAGCAGCAGCAGCACCACCAGAACCUGCCGAAUGAACCGAUGGAGGUGGACGGUGACAGAACGGCCAGCAGCGCGCCGGAACCAUUCGCGGUGGUGGAAUCGGUCGUACCCGGACAGCUUGCAGAUCGAAUGGGCAUUGCCGUCGGGGAUCAGAUUGUGCAGGUUGGAACGGUCACUGCCCGUAACUUCAAGACGAUGAACCAGGUACAGUCCGUGAUUGCUAAUAUGCAGGGCAGAAAGCUUCACCUGGUGGUACGCAAGGCGACAUCCGGCCAGGUGGCGACCAUCGAGCUGGACCUGACUAGCGGCAGCCGGUUGGGAAUUUUCAUGAAACCACGCUAGUUGCCCGUGUUUAGGUGAGGUGAGAAUCUUUUCGACACUUUGUGACACACGAUCCAACGGACAGCUUUCGAUUUCAGUCGAUACGGUAGGAAACAAUUAGGAAACAAAGCAAUUAGCGCAAAGAACUGAGAAAAGGAAUGCUAUAGGAAGUGGAAAUUAUGUUCAGCUACCGGUAGAUGCCACAAAUUAAUCACAAGUAAGGCAGACAGAAACUCAUUCUAGCAGCAAUUUGGCUGCGUAUUGGUGUUUGCAGGUCAAACUGCGUUAGAAGCGAUGAUUUGAAGGUUCGUAAUUGAUGGAUGAAGUAGGUGUAGCGUAAAAAUUGUUGCAUGACAGAAAAUUUAAUGGUGAAGAGCAUUAACAUUCAUUCGGUAAAAACCUAUUAUGUGUUUAUUUUUCUUUUUUCAUCUUCACCAAAUCAAGUGACCAACAUCACGAGCUUUCCUGUUUUUUACCUAUACGAGUUUAAUAAUCACUUCUUGCUACAAAUGUUUCAAAUCUAUCUGUUUUAAUUACAAAGAACCAGUUUCUUUUUUUUUACAUAACCCAAUAAACUAGGCCCGGCCUUGGUUUAUCUUUUUGGCACUUUUGCUCUUGGUGAGUCAUGUGGUAGCUAUUCAUGUGGUGUCGGUUUGUAACGUUUUUUUUUGUUUUACUUUUAAAAAAAUAUAUUAAAAUUUGCUGUAAUCUAAAAUUAAUGUACAGGUUACCAGA